AUAGAAUAGCAGCAAAUUUGGACAUCACACCAGCUCCUCCUUCCUUUCACUUUCAGCUGAACGAUUGAUAUGCAGUGAAAUACUACGCACACAAAGGAUGUCAAGCAGUCCGCAUUUUUCUGUGUGCUUAUGAGAUUAACAGGAAAGAUGUCCAACUGUAGUAUUCCGGCGGACAAAACGUCUGUUGUGGUCGCCAUUUCGUACAGCGUGGUGAUGCUCGUGGGAUUACCAUUGAAUGGGCUGUCCCUGUGGAUUCUCCUAAAGCGGCACGGAUUGAAGUCAUCCAACACCGUUUUCAUGGCAAAUCUGGCACUGUCCGACUUCCUCUUGACCCUCCCGUUGCCUCUGCGCAUAUAUUAUCACUCAACAGCGAUGUGGCCCUUUGGAGACGUGGUAUGCACUACCUCCAGAAUGCUGCUUCGUGUCAACACGUACACCAGCGCCGUCUUCAUCACUUUCAUCGGCGUGGACAGACUGCUGGCGGUGGAAUUCCCUCUGCGCUCGCGGAUGCUUCGCACCUCAAGAUCUUCGGGAAUCGCUUGUGCGGUUACGUGGGUUCUCUUCAUUGUCUUAAAUAUCCCCCAGGCCAUAGCUGGGAACAAGGACAUGAUUGAUUGCAGUGAAAAAGCACGUUUAGAGUGGUGGGGUGUAGCAGCUUCUCUAACAAUAUUUGCAUUGCUAAUGGUAAAUGUCGUAUCGACGGCAAUGGUAAUGAGGACUCUGCACAGACUUAAAACAGAGUCGAUCAGACGCAACAAAGGGAGAGUUAUGCUGAUUUUCGGUGUUAAUUUAUUCAUGUUUGCAGCAUUUUUUGUACCGUUCGGUAUGCUGUUGUUUUUACGGUCGCUUUGCGUAAUACAGUACAACCCCGUUCUUCGUAUGGGGACUGUAUGUUUUGUCAGCUUCAAUAUCUGCUUUGACCCAUUAGUUUACUAUUUCUCACUAGAUGAUUUCAGGAAGAAAAAGGCUCAACACACAUUGGACACUUAGGGAAUGGCGCUAGAACCAGCCAAGGCCGUCAAAUUUCAAAUGAUAAAAACGGCACACUUCACCAAGUUUAUGUGCUUUGCUGCAACGUCGUUUUGAAUAAUUAUGUAGCACAGCAAAAAAAAAAUCCUAUAAUUGGCAAAGGAUAGGCUAUAUGUUUCAUUAUUUGCUAACAGUAUGUGUUUAGCUUUUUCACGCUUUCUUGUGUAAUAAACGUUGCAGGAGACUCUAGUUGAUUGGUUUGUGUAAAGGCAUUUAGUAUCUGUGUACAGAGCUAUAACAAGAAAAAACAUGUAUGCAAAGGUAAACAGAUAAAUAAAGCUGUGGGCAA